GGUUGUUUGGCCGAGCUUGCGCUUUCAAAACUCUGUUGUUGAAGUCAUGCCAUAUUAGUAUUUGGAAGUUGGCGGAGAUCAUUUGCAGCAUAUUGAAAUGGACCAAACUGCAAGACCACUUCGAAUUCCCCCUGAAAUGGGAACGUACGCCGAAAAACAUGGAAUAUUUGACCUAAUGCAGACUAUUCUGAGUCGACUUUUGGUGGAUAAGCCGCAAGAUCCUGUUGAAUAUCUCCUUGAUCUGCUGAAACGAGGCAACUUUGAAGUUCCACAGAUAUUUGUGUUGGGUCCACCGGCAGCUGGAAAAAAGACAAUAGCUAAAAUGUUAUGUGAACAAUUGGGUGCAACUUACAUUAGCCCUGACAACUUGCUGGCCCAGGAUAGCAACGUAGUCAAAGAAGCACUGGAGUUCCAUAACAAGAAGCAGGAUAUUCCCAAUGUGCUGUGGAUCAAGCUUGUGGAAGAGCGCCUGUCAAAAAUGGACUGCAUCAAACGGGGCUGGCUGCUGGAAGGAUUUCCAAAGACCCGUGAGCAGGCUGUCUUGUUACAGGAGAAGGGAAUCUCCCCCGAACACGUGGUGUUCCUGGAGGCUCCAGAUGCUGUCCUUAUAGAACGAAACCUGGGCAAGCGAGUCGACCCUGAGACGGGAGCUGUGUACCAUACAACGUUCGACUGGCCUAGUAACGAGGAGGUGCAGGGUAGACUUGUUGAGCCUCCGGGAAUCUCAGAGGAAGAGACAGCCAACAAACUACUUGAGUAUCGAAGAAACAACCAAGCCCUGGAAAACACCUACCGCUACGUCCACAAAGUCUUCAAUGCUGACCAGCCAUGCAUCGAUGUCUUCUCACAAGUGCUGACGUUUGUGCUUUCUCGACAUCGAUCUGUUGCUCCAUUUACUCCACGUAUUCUUCUCUUUGGAUCACCGGGCAGCGGCAAGAGUCUGCAGGCAGAGCUGCUUUCCCAGAAGUACAACAUUGUUAACAUUUGCUGUGGGCAACUUCUGAAAGCAGUGGUAGCAGACGAGACGAGUCUGGGAGAGCUCAUUAAGCCGUACCUAGAAAAUGGAGAACAAGUGCCGGACACGAUUGUGCUGAAGAUCCUCACUCAGCGCCUGAGCAAACUCGACUGCACCACCCAAGGCUGGGUCCUGCACGACUUCCCUCGAGACCUGGACCAGGCUGAGAAGCUGAAUGAUGCCGGCUUUAUCCCCAACAGGGUCUUCUUCCUGGACCUGCCCAAUGAGCUCUGCAUAGAGCGCCUGACUUUAAGAGCAAUUGAUCCUGUGACUGGGGACAGGUACCACUAUCUGUACAAAGCUGCCCCCAGCCAACAAGUGCAAAGUCGCCUACAGCGCAACCCCCGGGACUCUGAGGAGGACCUGCUCCGCCGUCUUGCUAUACACCACGAGAACAUCCACGACCUACAAGAGUUUUACCGGGACGCCGUACAUGUGAACGCAGACCAGGACCCUCACUCUGUGUUUGAGGUUUUAGAGAGCAGGCUGGUGAACCGGCCUCCCAAAACUGUCAAGCGGCAGCCUCUGACUCACUUCUGAAGGCAGGCCGACCUAAGACCCCCUAGACAGGCAGAUAGGAUGCGCACUGUUGAUUCUGAUGGCAGAAAUCUUCUCUGCUUCCUAAAAAUCAAAUCAAAUUUUAAGCAGGUGGGCAGAUGCUUUUGCAGAUUUGAUUCUGUAAUCUGCAGCCCGUCCCCUGUGUAAUGAAGUGAGGGGGAUAGGAUGAAGGUGAAUACAGGGCAUGGGUAGGGAUAUCUGACGACAUCAUAGCGUGAAACCAUCUGAGUCGCAGUGGCGUGCCUGGACAGUUUUACAUUUUUAGGUAACACUUUAGUUUAGGUACUCAGAAAAUGCAUCAAAUAGUCCCAAUGGCUGCUUUUGGUCUCAAUAACACUUAAGUAGCAUUGGUUAAGUGGCAGUUUACUUCUGCGUAGUGUGGCCUCCUAAAAUAACGUCACACUGGAAUGGUCAGAGUUGACCUAAGUGUGUGAAACGCACACACCGGCACAUCUUAAUAUGAGACGAAUAAUCACUUUACUGAUGCUUUGUAAAUGUUAUUAAAGGAUAAGGAUGGCAUUUUUCAAGUCAUGCACGUACAGUUUUAACAUAGUGAACAGUUUUAAAAUCAUAAAAUUACUGCCUGUAAUAAUUCUUAACACUUUAAAGCAGCGGUGUCAAACUCCAGGCCUGUGGCUGCAGGUUUUCAUUCUUGCCAUCUUCUUCAUUAGUGGCCAGUUUUUGCUGCUGAUCUUGACUCGGGCCCCAUAGUCGUUUCUUUUUCCUUAAUUAGCAGCCAAACAAUAAUGAGAUACAAAACAGGCCACCAUAUGACCAGCUCACCU